CUCAAAUCAAAACUAGUGUAGAGAGAGAAAGCUAGAAAGAGAUUUGAGGGGAUGAGUAAAGCAAAGACCAUCUUGUCAUUGUAGGGUUUUCGUAAAACUUCAAAAAUAUUGAGACACUAAAAAGAGCUCGUGCCACGCAGAAGAAGCAACGGAAAAAGAAGAAUAUAUUAGAAAAAGAGACAAGGGAGCGAAAUGCUGGUGCUCUAUUGAACUUGAAUUCGGAGGAUCGGAUUACGCAAUUGAAGAUCUCUCAGCUUCUACUCUGGAGCUGCACAUUGAAUUCCGCGAUCUUCCGACAUUUUCAGUUCCGCUUUUGAAUGUCAGAGAACUGAUAGAGCUCGCUUUAAUAAAGGAAAAUGAAGUCUGACACACCUCUUGAUUAUGCUGUAUUCCAGUUGUCUCCAAAACGUUCAAGAUGUGAAUUGUUUGUUUCAAGUAAUGGAAAUACCGAGAAGCUGGCAUCAGGACUUGUAAGACAUUUUGUGACCCAUUUAAAGGUUGCCGAAGAGCAGGUUGCACUAGCAGUCCAAUCAUUUAAGCUAGGAAUUGAGAGACACAAAAAUGCAGAGGCAUGGUUUACAAAAGGAACACUUGAAAGGUUUGCACGCUUUGUUAGCACGCCAGAGGUUUUGGAAAUGGUCAAUACCUUUGAUGCAGAGAUGUCCCAGUUGGAAGCAGCACGGAUAAUUUAUUCUAAGGGGUCUGGAGACCAGCGGAUGGAUUCUCAAGAUGGGGAUGGAACAGGAACCACAGCAGCAGCAGAUGCAACCAAGAAGGAACUUCUGAGGGCUAUUGAUGUACGACUUAAUGCAGUUAAGCAGGACUUAAUCACAGCCUGCGCUCGUGCUUCUGCCGCUGGUUUUAAUCCUGAUAGUGUGUCUGAACUACAACAUUUUGCAGACCAAUUUGGUGCUCAUCGGUUGAACGAAGCUUGCGCUAAAUUCAUGUCACUCUACCAGAGGAGACCGGACCUUAUCAGCCCGUGGAAGUUAGGGGACGAUGACAAUCGAGUUCUCCGAGCAUCAGUUGGGUCAGACAUGUCCAUUGACGACCCCACCGAAGAUCAAUCCGGGGCCCACACCAGGUCUAAUCAGCAGAACACCACGGAAGCCCAAGCAUCUGAACAAUCAAAGUCCUCCACGUGGCGCCGGCCCAUGCAAUUUGCCACCUUCGUGUCUCGACGUAGUUCCAUGGUAAAUGAGAAAGGCGAAGCCGAAGUCGUUGCGGAGGAGAAGAAAGAGGAGGCCCCCACUGAAUCGUCAACUCCAACGGCUCAGCCGGCGCGGCGGCUCAGUGUGCAGGACCGGAUCAACCUCUUCGAGAACAAGCAGAAGGAGAAUUCCGGUGGUAGCGGCGGAGGCGGAAAACCCAUUAUUAGCAAAUCUGUGGAACUAAGGAGGCUAUCCUCUGAUGUUUCUUCGGGACCCUCUGCUGCGGCUGCGGCUGCGGCAGCGACAGCUGAGAAGUCUGUAUUGCGAAGAUGGAGUGGCGCCAGUGACAUGAGCAUUGAUGUGAGUGGUGAUAAGAAGGAUACGGAAAGCCCCUUGUGCACCCCCUCGUCGGUUUCCUCUGUUCCACGUACAAAAUCCAAUGCAGUCUCGGUUACAUCUGAAGAUGAGGAUCAUAAAGGAUUUAAUAAUUCCGACAGUUCAUCCUAUUCCGUUCUCCAGAGUGGUCCCCGAAGGUCUGGUGAUGUUGGGUUGAAAGCUCCAGUCCAUCCUCAGACCCGUCUUGGGGAUUUUGACGUUAAAGAGGAGGCUGACUCCAAUGUGGCAACCGAUUGGAAGGAUCAAACAGCUUUUAGUGUUCCACUGAAGCCUUCUGCAACAAAACAGCUUGUGCAAAAUAAUCUGGGCUCUUCUCCGGAUCCAUCAAUAACUUCUGCUUUCGCAGAAGAAAAGACUUGUUUCAAUCAAAAUCAAGUGGGCUCUGAGUCUCACAUUAGGGGCCUCUCCAAGCAGAGUGAGGCCAUCAGAACAAAAUCGCAAGUGGGGCCUGUUGUAUCAGACGUUAAAUUCUCUAGAAGGGAAGAUGGUGGAAUCAGAAAUCAAGCUAUGGGUCAAUCUUUGAAUAGGGAUUCUCAUAAUCGAUCUCGUUCUCUCUCAGGGCAAUUUGAUGGUGGUAUUUCCCUACAACCUAAGGAAGCUUCUGUUCAGGUUGGGGUGAUAAAUCUAAGCAUCAUCCCCAUUGGAGUUCUUCUACUGGAGAACUUGAGGAGUCAGUGAAAGGGCACCCCAUUCUCUUACAAUCAGCAAAUGAAGAUUGACGAUUCUGAUGUCCCAGGUAUGAAUUGCCGUAAACCUCAUCCUGGUGGCAAAUCACUCAGCAAGAGGGUGGCCAGGGAUCAGAUUGCUCUUGAACAUACCAAGUUGAACCUCCCUAAUAAAGAAGCUUCGGAGAGUCAAGAUGGUAUUCAUUUACCCUCAAUGGCACCUUCAGACCAUGUUCCAAGAAUAAGACAAUCUAAGGGAAAUCAAGGGCUGAAUGAUGAGCUGAAAUUGAAGGCAGAUGAGCUCGAGAAGCUUUUUGCAGAGCAUAAACUACGGGUGCCGGCAGACCAUUCUAGUUCUGCAAGGAGAAUGGAGUGUGCUGAAACAGAUGUAGAACAGGGUAUUCAUUCACAAUAUAGAGAAACAGUGGAGUCAACUCCUCCACUUUCUUCCAGAAAUACAACACUCAAACCAACUAGGAGUUCUAACAAUGUAGUGAACUCUGAUGCUAAGAUGGUGGAUAAUAACAAUUAUGGUGAUGCCCUGAGGCAAUGUUUCUCAGAUCUCAACUUCAGUGACGAUUCUAGAGGAAAAUUUUAUGAAAAGUACAUGCAAAAAAGAGAUGCUAAACUGAGGGAUGAAUGGAGUGCUAAAAGAGCAGAGAAGGAAGCCAGGAUGAAGGCCAUGCAAGAUAAUCUUGAGUGGAGCAGGGCUGAGAUGAAGGCCAAGUUUUCAGGCUCCAUAGACAGACAUGUGUCCAUAUCCAGUGAUCAUCGACGUGCUGAGAAAUUUAGUUCUUUCAAAUUGAAUAUUAAGGGAGAGCAGCAUCCUAUAGUUUCCCUUCAGAAUGAAGAAGAUGAAAAUCUAUCUGAUUUUUCAGAAGAAAAAUUAUAUGGACAGGCCAGACAAUUUAGUGAAUCAACGUUUGGGGAUGGUGCUUCAAAACAAAACAGAAAAAAUUUACCUAACCGAAACUCGUAUUCAUCCACCCGCACAACUGUGUCAUCAACUUCACGAUCAUCAACCAAAGUUGUUAACCCUACUUCUGGAAGGAGAAGAGAUAAUCCUCUUGCUCAAUCUGUUCCAAAUUUCUCUGAUCUAAGAAAAGAAAACACAAAGCCUUCUUCUGGAGUUAGUAAAACAACUCCCCGCUCUCAGCCAAGAAACUAUGCCCGGAGUAAGAGCACCAAUGAAGAGAUGCCAGGUAUAAAGGAAGAGAAGCCAAAGCGAUCUCAGUCUUUGCAGAGAAGUUCUGCUAGUCCUUUAGAGUUCAAGGAGUUGCCCCCUUAUGGCUCAGAAGGGGUUGUUUUGGCUCCAUUGCAAUUUGAUGGGGAGCAAACUGAUGUAGGCCCUGGCGCUGGAUUCAGUUCUACUUGGGUGAAAGCUUCAAUGGCGUCUGAGGCUCAGAAAAAUGAAAGAUUUGAUGAACUGGCAUUUGAGGCAGAAGAUUCUGCAGAAAUGUCUAAAGAUGAAGAGGAUGGAAUGGAAUCCAUGGCUGUUGAAGAUUUUGCAUAUGUGAAUGAAGGUAAGACAAGACAGAGCCAGGAAUCUGAUAAAUCUGGUAAUUCCGGAUCUGAAAUUGGAGAUUCUGCUAGAUCUCUCUCUCAAGGAGAGCCUGGUUCAGUAGCUGAAAUGCCUGCUGCUAUGCCAUCAACUUUUAGCAAUGUAGGAUCUGUGCAAGACUCGCCAGUUGAAAGCCCUGUCUCUUGGAACUCUCGUACACGUCACCCAUUUUCUUAUCCACACGAGUCCUCUGAUAUUGAUGCUUAUAUGGACUCUCCUCUUGGAAGUCCUGCAUCUUGGAAUUCCCACUCACUGAUCCAAGGUGAGACUGAUGCAACUCGAAUGAGGAAAAAGUGGGGCAGUGCUCAGAAGCCUAUUCUUGUUUCUAAUUCAUCCCAAAAUCAACCACGCAAGGAUGUCACGAAAGGUUUUAAACGAUUAUUGAAGUUUGGGAGGAAAAAUCGUGGGUCAGAGAGCUUGGUACCGGAUUGGAUCUCUGCUACAACCUCUGAGGGAGAUGAUGAUACAGAAGAUGGCCGGGAUCCUGCCAAUCGGUCAUCAGAAGACUUGAGAAAAUCGAGAAUGGGUUUCUCUUAUGGUCUUCCUUCUGAUGACAACUCGAAUGAAAGUGAGCUGUUCGACGAACAGGUCCAAUCCUUGCGAAGCUCCAUCCCUGCACCUCCUGCUCAUUUCAAACUGCGGGAUGAUCAUAUUUCAGGAAGUUCAUUAAAAGCUCCCCGAUCAUUUUUCUCUCUCUCAAAUUUUCGAAGCAAGGGAAGUGACGCAAAGCCCAGAUGAAAUGUCGCUUUGUUUGCCUGGAAUGAUUUGAUUCACUUCUUCGAUGAUAGGGUGUAAAGGGCAUAUAUAUGAUACGAAACUCAGAGGUAGGCAUGAUGGAUUACAUAAAAAGAUAUACGAUGAUGGGUUUUUGUAUAUUUUCUCGGAUUCAUGAGGUUUUCCUUGUGAUUUAGGUAGCUUUCUCUGAUAAUGUGUUGAAACAUGCUGCAUACAGAGAUAUUCUUUUAUUUUGCUUUAGUUCUGUCUGUGAGAUGUAUAUUAGAGUUGAAUGUUUUUUAGGGUGAACAUAGUCAGGGUCAAGAAGAGUGGUAUGCUUGCGGAGUAAUAGCUUGCAAAGGAUUAUUUUCCUCCUCUUAUUAAAAAGAAAUAAUUAAUGUUGUUUACUUCUAAUCUUUUGCCUCUCACUACAGGCAUUCUUUGUUGAACGAUACAUCAUUGUAAUAUUAGAGGUAUAAUCCCAAUUAUUAUUGUUUAUGGAAUUUA